ACAAGCGCACAAGGAGACGGUGGUGAUCAACCUGAUAUAUCCGAAGGUCGCUAUGGAGUACUGCCUUUGAUAACAUCUAUCGAGAAGCCAGAUAGAACUCUUGUUAGGAUCGGUUCUCUCGUGCCGAAUCUUGACGGAACUACGGUUUGGGUCCGAGGAAGGCUCCACACUAGUCGAUGUAAAGGAAAGCAGUGCUUCUUCGUUCUACGCCAGCAGCACUUCUCAGUGCAGUGUCUUGCGAUGGUGUCUGCGAGUGUUUCGAAGCAGAUGGUGAAAUUUCUUUCGAAUGUAACGAAAGAGUCGCUUCUGGACGUGCAAGGUGUUGUGAGGAAAACGGAUCAGAAAAUCGUUAGCUGUUCUCAGCAAGAAGUGGAGCUCCACGUUGAGCAAGCAUUUGUAGUGAGUGCAGCGGAGCCCGUGCUCCCAUUGCAAAUUGAAGACGCAGCUCGCUCAGAAUCGUCGCUCGAAGAAGGCGAUGGUCCGAGCAUCCGAGUUAAUCAAGACACUCGUCUUGACAACCGCGUUUUGGACCUUCGCACCCCUGCGAAUCAGGCAAUUUUCAGGAUACAAAUGGGGGUUUGCGAAUUGUUCCGUCAAGCACUUCAGCGCCAGGGUUUUGUUGAGAUCAACACACCGAAGAUCAUCGCUGUUGCUUCAGAAGGCGGUGCGAAUGUCUUCGAAGUGACUUACUUCAAGAACUCUGCUUAUUUGGCGCAGAGUCCUCAGCUCUACAAGCAAAUGGCGAUCGCGGCGGAUUUCGAGAAAGUGUACACGAUCGGCGCCGUUUUCCGCGCAGAAGAUAGCAACACACAUCGUCACCUGACGGAGUUCGUCGGUCUCGAUCUCGAGAUGGCGUUUCAUUACCAUUACCACGAAGUCGUCGACGUCAUUGGACAGAUGUUUAAUACUAUUUUCCGCGGUCUAGCAGAUCAAUAUUCCGAGGAAAUCGCGGCCGUGAAUAAGCAGUACCCAGCUGAACCGUUUCAGUUCUUGGAUCCUCCAUUGAGGCUGGAGUUCAAAGAAGGUGUUGCCAUGUUGAGGGAAGCCGGGGUCGAAACGGGCGACGAAGAAGACUUGAGU